AUGGGUGCUAGCGAGUAUUGGGUGGAUUCGUUGGUGGAGAGUCUCUCGCUUCUGUGGAAUAUUUCAGCAUUUAAAGAGGAAAAUCCUAAAUGGCAGAUUGCUCCUUCCAUGAGCAAGCAAAGAGGUGGAGCCGGUGUCGCUGUUCUCAACGGCUUGCUCUACGCUGCUGGCGGCCGUUGUGGGGAGACCUAUUUGAGCUGCAUUGAGAGCAACGCAUGCGACCAGUUCUACAUGAAAAAAUUUCUUUCGAAGAAAUCGAGAAAUAACAUGUACUACGCAUAG